GCUUCCCCUCUUUUCAAACGUCAAACUCCCGAAAUUGUGUUUGCAUUCGUAGGACGAUCCCCAAAUUUUUGCAAAUUUCUACAAUUAAAAUUAAAUUUUCAACAUGACUCACAUGGUUACAAUGGAAAAUGGCACCAGCCAAACAAUUUCCGAAAUGCUCGGUUGCAUUGAAAGAUACAACCCCGAUCAUUUAAAGACAUUGGAGAGCUACAUCGAGGAACAAGCAAAAAAUAACACCUACGAUUUGGAAGCCAAUUUGGCUGUUCUCAAAUUGUAUCAAUUCAAUCAGCAUAUGUUAAAUAUUGACAUUACCAGAACGAUUCUCUUGAAAUCGCUCACAAAUCUUCCACACACUGAUUUUGUUAUGGCCAAGUGUUUGCUACUGCCACAACAAGUCAAAGACGAUACUGUCCAAACUAUUAUUCAUUUGGCUGAUAUCUUGGAAAGGGCUGACUUUAUUCUCUUCUGGCAGCGAGUUGAUAAGAAUCGUGAAUUGUUCAAACACAUUACUGGAUUUUAUGAUUCCAUUAGGAAGUUUGUCUGCCAUGUCAUUGGAAUUACAUUCCAGACAAUAGCAAAGGAUCUUCUCAAGAAACUUCUUGGUGAUAUUGAUGAGAACACAUUGGAACAAUACAUGAAGAAGAAUGGUUGGAAGCAUCAAGGCAGUCUCAUUUUCAUUGCUGCCCAAGAGGAAAAAAUCAAGACGAAAAACAUUACCGAAAAAAUCGAUUUCGAAAAUCUUGGCGGUCUCAUGGCUCAAUGCCUUUAAGAUGAAUAAAUAGUUUGUCCUCGUAAUUUUAUUUGUAGAAGCAAAAAUUUAUAUUAAAAAGGGAAACAAAAUUUUUUCUUUGAUUUUGUUCUAUAAUUAAAAGUA